ACCGAUGGGGAAACUCUGGCGGGAAUCAGUCAUGGCGGCCGUCAGCGCGAGUAGUAUGUUAGAGUUUGUACGUCGUAUUUUUAACGAAAGACGCGACUAUGGUGUGCUCACAAUCAGGCAGCUGCGCAACAUGUACACGAAAGAAAUUAAGAUCAAGCACCUGUCUUCAGAAAAUCGUGAGGUGUUUGCAUCAAUUGUCACGACAGUCGUCAAAGAGUUCGAAAACGUCGAGGCCACUGACAAUGAAGAGCUAUUGAACGGAAGCGACUCUAAUGGCGCCGACAAGCAGAACGAAAUGGGACACACUCCUCCCCACAACGGCAACUGCUCUCCAGCAAACAGCGCAGAUUCGCCCGUGAAACGGAACAAUCAGCGCCGUUCCAGACCCCUCACUCCCUCCAGCAGCGAAGAGGACGACGACGACGUCAUCCGCGCGGUCAAGGAAACACUCGGCGUUCCGGUACGGCGGAAACCCACCAAAGCGCUCCUGGUUGCCACGACGACGACAGCGACUCCUGAACCGCAGAAGGAAGCAACACAACCGACGGAACCGACGUCGGAUUCCGAUUCCGAGGGAAGGUUGAUGAUAGCGGAAUCGCCGGCCGCUUCGCCAAAACAGCCGUCGGACUCUGAAGGUAUCGAGGGGGCAAGCAACGGAACUAAAGAAGAGGAGGAGGAGGAGGGGGGAGAGAAAAAGACGAAAGAAAAGCCGUCACAAUUGCCAAAACAUGCUGCCAUUGAGGACACAAGUAAAAAAGAGGGUGUCAGCUGUAUCAAGAAAGAAAAAUCAGUUUUCACCACCGCUUCACCAGAGUCACCCUCCCCGCCACAAGAGAGCAACAGCAAAAACCACAAAUCUGUCGACGACAUGCCGCUGUUCACGCUGAAGCUGACAAAAACAAAGUCCGGCAGUUGGGUCAUGGUCCGGCCUAAGAGCGAGGAGUCCGGCGGAGAGAGUCCGCCGCAGAAACGGAGACGCAUCCGAAAGCUCAAGAAGAAAACCUCCAUCGACGACAUUUUCAGCUCGAGCGACGACGAGCCUCUGUCUCAGAUCCGGAAUCGGGCCCAGAUACAGAAGGCGGAGGAAAACGCUCCGUCCUUGUCGGACUUGGAAGAUAAGCUGUCCGGAAAUAACAAAAGGAAGAGGCCAAAAGCAAGGAAGCCUCAAGCAAAAAAAGAAAAACAAAAGGCCGUCCCCAAAACGACCGAUGAAGAUCCCACCGUGGCGCAGUUAAAAAAGUGCGUCAAUGCAGCGGGCCUUCGUGUGAAAUACGUGCAGCUGUUUGCAGACGCAGAAGGUGACGCGGAGAAGGCCAGCAGGCUGCGGAAGGUCCUUGCGGACGCAGGGUUGACGGGAAAGCCGACUCUGAAGAACUGCAGGAAGUUGAAAGAACAGCGGGAGCAAGACAGGGAACUGCAGUCAUUAGACAAGGCCAACAUAGUGGAAACAGCAGGGAGGCCAAGGCGGAGUGCAAGAACGACGGAAAAAUCCGCGGAAGAGUCUUCCUCGGCUGUCCCAAAAGAUGUCACAGAAGAGGCCUCAUCAAACGUCUUCUCAAGGUUAAAAGACAUCAUCGACAGUGAGGGCAGCGACUGAGGCUGCCAAGUUGUAUAGUUUUUAUCCCUUUUAUACAUAAUUGUACAUUGUUUACUGCACUGGCCACGACAGGACAGUAGUGUACAUACUUUUGGGUUGUAGGUAUUUAAUGGAGACACAUGUACUAGAUGUUUUACGCUUCACCAUCAUGGGGUUCUCGGGCAAUUUUAGCCGAAUGUGCACAAACGUCAUCCGCGUGAGAUACAAGUUCAUUCCACUUUUUUAAAAUGUUUUCCAGCUCUGAUGCAGAGGUUGAGGUCAGGCUAUAGUUUUUGAUACCCAAGAAAGAUUUUCACGCGAUAACCCGAGCCUUCAUCAAGCUUUCGGAAAUAAAAUUUUAAGUUUCAUUGAUUGAUUGAUUGAUUGGUCAGUUGGCUAAACUGAAGGGGGCAGAUCUUAGAUUUCAGUAACAAUUUGUUAGUGCGAUCCAAACGAUCAAAUGUUGGAGCACUUGACGAAGAUAACGUUUUAUAUCGAUCUAGAAUUGUUCUCAUUCUACCUGCCAGUUUUUCUUGGGUCUCAGAAACUGAGUUUGACGCACGUUCAAGUUUAGCUCACGACACAGGAGAGGCGUGAAAAUGGAGCUCUUGAGGCAUUUGGCACGUGUGUGUGUGUGUGUGUAUGUCAGUGCAUGUUUUAGGUGCACUGUAAGGCAGACAUCUGGAUCGCAAGAGACUCGUUUGUGUUACUUUUAACCAGCACUUGCUUUACUUUUUAGUUCGAUGCCUCACCAUUUGAGGGAACCUUCAAGUUUUAUCGAAAUGCUUGAAACAAUGUUGUGAGCUUUCAGAUUUAUCUACCCUUUUUUUCUUCUUGUUAUACAGCAUGCUUUUUAAAGUUCAUGCUCUUUUUCCACCUUUGAGUUCCUUUGUAUGUGCCAACUAGUGCAGCUUUACGAGAAUCUUCUAUGUGCAACAUGGCUUUCCAAUGGAAUUAGAAAGGAAACACGCCUGGAAGUCCGUAGAUAAAACAUUUAAAUCCCUGGGAAUGGCUGCAGAUAUGGUGCAUUUGUCUGUGAUGAAAUCUUUGGGAUGUACUUAGUUGUGUGAGAGAAACAUAGGGGGCACACGGGAAGCUACUUGCCGGAAACUCUUGCACGGGCAUCAUUAUUCAAAAUGAUAUGUUGCAGUCAGAAUUUGCCGUGUAUCCAUGAUUUACUUAAAGCAGUUGGUUAGAUGGUGUAUCCAAAUGCUAUCCGCUGUGUGUGGCAUUCUAUGUCUUGUGUUGUUGCACCACUUCUACGGGAUAAGAAAUGUUCCGCUACAAUUAAAACGUUUGCCGCCGCAUUUUACAGCACCCCCUCUUUUUCGCUUUUUUUGUCUCACUUUUCCUCUACCUUCAACAAAAUUUUUACGCGACACCUUCUUUGUAAGUGACACAACAGGGAAUCGCUUGUCAGUCCGAAACCGCAACGCAAGUCAGCUUUCUGCAGAGAGAGGCUUCCAUAUUGAUGCUUUUUACCUUGCCAAUCUUACAACUGAGUUAAAAAGUGACACAAUAGUCCUCUAUUCAGUCUUCCACGUAGCAGGCCAAAUGUCUUGCAUUAACUGUCUAUAAAUAUAGUUUAGUUUUUGUUUUUUAUAUCAGGAGAGUCUUUUUUUAUUAAAAGGCUAUUAGAGCAAUAUGAAUUUAGUUUUCGCAGGUGGGUUGUACAGCCGAGGUGGACAUUCUGUAGGACAGCAUAUGCACCUGCUGGACGACUAAUUAGCUAAAAUUCGUUAAUUAGAUGUUUUCUCAGAAUUGCGAGAGAGCAGAAUUCGAGCCAGUCAUUAUUAAAAUCCACCGUCUUUAUUAAACACCUUCAGAACACUUUGAGAUAUAAAUUGCAAAAUUUCGCUAUGCAAAUGAGGGGAAACCAGAACUACGCACUACUGGAGCGCAGAAAGAGCAACGGGCAAUCCACGUGCUUUGGAACGAUGGAGCUGAUUGGAGUGGGCACUAAUCUGUUGGCCAGAUAAGACCACUCUUAGACCCAGAUAAGGCGAAGGUUGCGUCGUUUCUGAGCUCGAAAAGCUCAUAGUUCUAGUUUCUGCUCAUUUGCAUAGUGAAGUUUGACUGUUUAUACUGUCAAAGUAGAAAUUUUCGCGAUAUAACUUUUUUCGCAAAAUUAAGGUUCUGCGAAAUGUAGGAAAGUAUGGGCAAUGGAAUUCACGACGAUGUGAUCUCCACAAAGACAAAUUCACUUACUUGGCGACCUUUAUUCUAUCACUUUGUUCUUGUCAAACAUUUCUAUAAUUGAAAUGCCACUUAGUUUAUCAGUAGUUUAUUCACAUGGUGUACCACUUGGCAUGCAGAUACCUGCUUUCACAAAAUGUAUGUCGUCUUUGCAGAAUUUCAGUUCAUGGUAAGCUUCUAUAAACCAGCAGGCUUGUAGAGGCCAGCUAAUUCUCAUUGUUCACUGUCGGCAGUGUCAUAAUCCCCCGAUCUCCCUGAUCCCGCGAUUUCCACUUCCACACGAAUUCGUGAAAUUAAGGUGCGGCAAAAUAUUCGCUAAUUAUUAAGACCGCGAAAUUAACCACUUUUACAGUAUCUCAAAGUGCGUUUGCUUCACAGUGUGUUUAAUAAGGACGGUGGAUUUAAAUAAUGACUGGCUCCAAUUCUGCUAUCUCGUGUUUCCCAGAAAGAAUCUAAUUAAUAAGUUAAUGAAUUUUAGCAAAGUAGUCGUCCAGAAGCUGCAUACGCUGUCCUACAGGAUGUCCGCCUGGGCGUAUAACCCACCAGCGAAAAUGAAAUUCAUGUUGCUCCAAUAGCAUCUUUAGAAAAAAUCUGUCGUGAUAAAAAAAAAAAAAAAAACACCCUGUGUUGCGGCUCAAUAAUACUCAUUCAGAAGUGCUAACGAGACGAAAAGCUUUGUACUUUUCAUUUUGCCAUUUUGCAAAAGUUGUAAUUGAACUUAUGAUUCAACUGAACUUUAAAAUAUACGUAAGCUUAUGCAUGGUUGUCUUCCGGUGUCCCAUUGCUCAAGAGAUCAUAACGCCUUGGAUUGCAAGCCUUUGAAAGGUUCAGCAGUGGAUGUUCCAUUGACCAACUUACACGUCAGUCCCGACCAUCAGCUGACAUACUACUUAUGAGAGGGUACCCAAUUUCCUUUCUCCGUGAAGGGAGGUCGACAUUUUUGAUUGCUUGAUUGAUUCGGAACUGAGCUUCGGCAUGAGAUCAGGCUGUAAAUUACUUAACAUGUACAUCACUUGUGUACAUGUAGCUAUUUUUGUUAGGAUAAAAACUAUGACACUCAAAACUUGCUGAACAAUCUCGAAAGAAAAAGAACUUUGCUAUGACUACAGUUAUCCUAGCAUAGUGUUCCAACAAACGUGCUAGAACAGGACGUCGUAAGUACGGACUUGGAAAGUUCAAGCUGAUGUUUUCGAACGGCAUAGUGUGCUCGAAACACCACUGUUGAGUACAUAAUGUACACCUGAGUGGGGGCUAGAGACUUUGUUGUGCCAGGAUGCUUUAUGAAACACAUUUGUUUGCGUGUGGCUACAGAAAAGCUGCAACUGAAGAGACUCAUACAAUACAAUAUACGAAUAUAUAUACAAUCAUAAAUCAUGUAGUAACGCAAUAACGUAAAAUUUGUAAAAAAAAAUUAUUUGGUCCUCUGCUGUACAUACUUGUAGUAAAAUAUUCUGUGAUUUUUUACAAGGCCUUCCCGCAAGAUCGAUCUACUGACGCUGAUGGAGUCGGGGACUUUGAAGGGAAAAUGCGAGUUUCUUUUCUAUAAUGCUGCCCAGUAUGGUGUAAAGUACAUUAGACAAUACAGCGUCGUAUCAGUGUCUCUGUACAGGUUCCUUCUCUGUGUGUGUGUGUAUGUCCUUUUUUCUCCCAGCCUCUCUUCGUACGAAGAUUGGAAAAAAUGAGCCAGGCUGUAUUUCUGUUGUAAGAAAUGUCUCAUCCAGCUGGUUUUCACAAUAAAAAGGCAAUGUGAACAUAGGUCUACAUUUA